AUGAAAUUUCCAGUUGAGAAUCCAAGGAAACAGGUGAACUGGAACCCCGAGCAAGUGGUGUUUCAGACAAACAUGGCCCCUCCAAAGAAGCCGCAGCCAGGUGUGGUACAGUCCUCCCUGGUCCAGGCCAGCGUAGCUGCCAUGCAGAACCCCAUGGGCUGUGAAGCUAAGGCAAACGAACACUGUCCCCUACCACGGCUCUCCAUCUCCUCACGCUCAGCAAGCAUAGUGGCCAGCAUGGAUGCCAUAGCUGAUGGUUCAGCCCUCCACUCUGUGAUGAAGUGGAAGACUGUGCUGGCUGUGUUCGUGGUGGUAGUGCUCUACCUGGUGGCGGGUGGAUUAGUGUUUCAAGCACUAGAACAGCCCUUCGAGAGUGACCAGAAAAACACCAUCACACACGAGAAAGCUCUGUUCCUCCAGGGGAACCCGUGCGUAUCCCCCACUGAGCUGGAAGCUUUAAUCAAGCAUUCAAUAGACGCAGUCAGUGCUGGGGUUAGUCCUAUCGGAGACACGUCCUAUAACUCCAGCCACUGGGACCUCGGCAGUGCCUUUUUCUUUGCUGGGACCGUCAUCACCACCAUAGGCUAUGGGAACAUUGCUCCCAGCACAGAGGGUGGCAAGAUUUUCUGCAUCCUGUAUGCCAUAUUUGGAAUUCCUCUGUUUGGGUUCCUGCUGGCUGGCAUUGGUGAUCAACUGGGGACCAUAUUUGUUAAGAGCAUUUUAAAGGUGGAGGGAAUUUUCCGGCAGAGACAUAGGCAGAUUAGUCAGACUAAAAUCCGUGUCACCUCCACCAUUCUCUUCAUCCUGGCUGGGUGCAUUGUCUUCGUCACCAUCCCAGCUGUCAUAUUCAAACACAUUGAAGGGUGGACUACAUUGGAGGCCAUCUACUUUGUUGUCAUUACUCUCACAACUGUUGGUAUUGGGGAUUAUGUAGCAGGUGGGGACAGAAUGAUUGAAUACAAGAAGUGGUAUAAGCCACUAGUUUGGUUUUGGAUCUUAGUGGGUUUGGCGUAUUUUGCAGCAGUUCUCAGCAUGAUAGGAGACUGGUUAAGAGUCCUUUCUAAGAAGACUAAAGAAGAGGUUGGGGAGUUUAAGGCCCAUGCAGCUGAAUGGAAGGCGAAUGUACGUGCUGAACUGCGGGAAACCCGGAGGCGCCUCAGCGUAGAACUCCAUGACAAGCUGCAACGUGCUGCCACCAUUCGCAGUAUGGAACGCCGACGCCUGGGUCUGGAGCAGCGUGCACAAUCUCUUGACAUGCUCUCUCCAGAGAAAAGAGCCAUCUUCUCCAGCUUCGACCGAGGUCGCUUCACCACGUCCUCACAGGAGAGCAUCGACACAAAGCUGAGCAAUCUCCGAAUGAAGGCAGAGCCGUACAACAAGCACACAGCCUCAGAGGAAAACAUCUUCAACCGCUUUGGCUCUCUCAGCAAGCUGGCCAAACGCAACAGAAAUAAAGACAUGCCGCCAAAUAUCACAGAGGAUGCAAUGCGACUCAGUAGCAACAGCAGCAACAACACACUGGCUGAGGAGAGACAGGAGGCUCAUGAAGAGGAGGAGCAGGAGGAGGAGGUGACCGAGAAAGAGAACAACACCACACUCACCAAUCUGCCACAAUACACUGAGCAGCAUGAGCAGCUGAAUGGUUUUGUGCCUGCUCAGGCCAAAGAUAGAGAGACAGAGAAAAUGCUGGUCGAGAGAGAGCAUCAGCCGUAGACAAGUCAGUGAAAAUGGGCGGCAAGCGAUUCAUCAGUGCCAACG